AUGGCGGGAAUUUUAAAGCGCGAACCUUCGCCUGAUGGUAGAGAUGCGGAUAAUUUCGGAUACGUAAAUUCUGUUGAUGAGGCGUAUAAACUCAUUGCGGAGUUCGAAAGAGGAUCGACGACGAAGUUUUCUUGCUUUAAGGCUGACAAAGGUUUCGGAAACACUGAUCACUCGAACAGAAGUCACAAAAUACUCUGGGAAGAUCCACGAGACAUUAAAGGAGCAAAAAUUCGUUUUACUGGUGUGCCUUUCAUAAUUUUGGGAAGGAAAGUGUUCGAUUGUCAGCACGGCAAAGAUAGAAAAGCUGGAGAGAAAAGGAAACGACAAGAUGCAGAAGAGAAGGCUGGUCACAAAGAUUUCGUAUUCAAGAAAAGAAGAUUUCUCGUUCAAGACACACGGAAGUUUGACUGCAAAGCACAGAUAAAAAUGCGAGAAAUUUUAUUUUUUGCAGAGCACAAGAUUCAAGAAGACAGCAAAAAGAGACGGGAAACUGCGUCUAGAAAUUUGCGAAAAGCUUUGGAAGAAGGAGUCGCCAAGUACGAAAGAAGGAUUUACAUUGAACUACCUCUCAUUACAGACCAUCAGAAUCACUUCGUUGGCGAGGUCGCUGGAAUCUCUCAACCUCUUGAUGAGAAGAUCAUCAGGAGGAUCCACGAGCUCGUAGCGGAGGGAGUUCAAGAAAUAUAUGAAAUGAGACGGCAUUUGAAAAUCUUCGUGAAAGAGGUCUUGUUUCGAGAUGAUCAGCCACCACAAGACACAAACCGACGAUACUUCCCUAGGACAUCUGACCUGCGCACGCACAUGUAUCGAGCUACGGUUAAAAACCGCAUGUCAAGAAUUGACCAGGUAAAUGUCCACAUGAAGACAGAUGAGUGGAGAAAAGUUUACAACGCUGAUUCCUUUUUCUUUCGUCCCCACUCAGAACAAGUAAACACGCCUAUGGAGGUUCCAGUCUGGUCUGAAAAUGAAAAAGAAGAAGAUGAGUUGGAUGAGGAAAUACGUCUCACUCAAGAGGGGGGAGAACAAAGCAGGAAAUUGUUAUUUGUGCAUCAAACAGCAUGGCAAAAGCGACUGCUUCGUCUGUAUGGCAACGACAUCUGCCUUCUUGACGCUACGUACAAGACAACGCGAUACGCACUACCUCUGUUUUUUCUAGCGGUAAAAACUAAUGUUGAUUACCAGGUGGUAGGGUCCUUCGUGACUGAAGAUGAAACUGUGUGUUCAAUAAAGGAAGCCCUUAAAGUAGUAAAAGAGUGGAAUCCAGACUGGUCACCACAUCUAUUCAUGACAGAUAACUGCUCACAGGAGAUACAAGCCAUCGAAAAUUUGUUCCCAGAAUGCAAAGUACUACUUUGCGACUUCCAUCGGGAACAAGCCUGGGAACGAUGGGUGUCCAAAACGGCUAAUGGUGUUGUGGCACAUAAAGAGGAACUGCUCGCCUUGCUGCGAAGAACAGCACAUGCUUCCACGAGGGAGGAAUUCGAGUCCGCUGUCACAGUGCUGGAAAAUUUCCACGUUUGGAAAAGCAACAAAGCCUUACGUCACUGGUUCCAAGACACGUGGCUGGCAGAGCGAGAGCGAUGGGUUUGGGCUUUUCGGAAAGAUCGUCUUAAAGUAGCUGUCAAUACCAACAACGGUCUUGAAAGACAAAACGAGGAUUUCAAAUACAACCACCUCGCUAACCAUAGGGAUAAGAGCCUGAGUGGAAUGCUCUCUGUGCUCAUCACCGAUUUUUUACCAGAAAAGUACUCAAGGUACAUGGAAAAAAAUGUCAGGUGUCACAGAAUGUACAGAACAUACAACAAAGAGUUACCGGAAUUCCUCGUCAACAGGCCAAGAUAUUUUGUGGAGCACUGCAAAGAAAAAAUCAGCCUUGCAAUGGAUAUAAAGAAGAGUAGCAUCAAGCCAUCAGACACUGGAGGUGUAUUUGAAGUUAAAAGUCAAUCGUCAAGUAGGCGGUGGUACCGGCUGCAGUUUGGGGACAAAGAAGGAACAUCACCCUCAUGCGAAUGUGAGGCAUGGCAGAGAAGGCGCUUGCCUUGCAAGCACUUCUUUGCUAUUUUUACGCACUUCCCAGAGUGGAAUUGGGAGAAACUGCCGCAAAACUAUCGGGAUUCGCCAUACCUAACCCUAGAUUAUCAUCUAAUCAAUGGCAGCAGUCCUUUUCCUUCCCCAUCCAGUGUCUUACCUGAAGCCAAUAGUGAUAGUCCACAGCUGGAUGAGCCACUGCCAAGAAAAUCGUGGCUGUGUUCAAAAGAAAACGUAUCCCCUGUUCCUGAAACAGCUAUCCCACUAAGGUUCACUCAUCACCAAAAGAAAAGUGAAGGAAAAAAAUGCCGCAUACUCCUGGAUGAAAUUCGCCAACUCACAUUCGUAGUUCAAGAUCAAGAAGCGUUGGCAAAUCUUUAUAGGGAGCUAUCGAGUCUUCGUGACGAAAUACAACAGUUCAAAACAUCAGAAGACGGACUCGUCAUAGAAGGUGGUGAGAGCAGUCCUUUCAUGAGAAAAAGCAUAAAAAUGGAAAACAAGGCACGCAGCUUGAUUGAAAACCGAUGUAAAACUUCCCUACCAAAAAAGAAACCGAAAAACAGAUACAAUGCGCGGGUGGGUGUGAAGGCUGCUAUGAAGCGAAAGACAUGCUUUGUCCACGUACCUGUCACACCAAUAACCGAAUAUCGAACAGCAUUUUACAAAAAAACAAAACCUGCAAUCUUCCUUGAGCAGACAAUCAGUAAAGAAAAAGAAGAGGAAACCAGUAAUGAAGAGGACAAAGUGGAAGCUGUGAAUGCUUCCAAAUCUGAUGAAACAACAACCACAUCCAAAGGAAGUGAAAAUUGUGAAAGAGAAACUGACGUGUAUGGCAAGCAGGAAUGUGAAUUUGGAAAGCUAAAAGAAAACAGUGGUAAAGAAGGCGAAAUGGAAGGUUCCCCAUCACCCAAAUUAUACAACAAAAAUGAAACGAAAAAUGAAAAGAAGGAAACUGUAAAGAAACCUCCUCCUGCAGCAGUAGUGAUUGACGAUGACAGUUCAUCACCAAAAAUUUGGUUAACUUUACAAAAUGUUUGCCCGGACGAUCCGGAAUCGCGACUCACAAUCCUGGAAGCCACCAAAAACAACAUCUUGGACAAAAAUGGAUGGCUUUAUGACACAGAAAUCAAUGCUGGCCAAAUCCUUCUUAAGAAACAAUUUCCUCUGGUUGAUGGCCUUUGUGAUCCUGCUAUAAGAGGUCAUUUGGUCGAUCCAGCAACAUCUGAGUUUGUGCAAAUCAUAAAUGUUGGACACUGGCUAUGUCUUAGCACAAUUGGUGUGUCACAUCCUGGCACUGUCAGAGUCUUUGACAGCCUGUUCAUCAAGCCAAAUGCCAUUGCAGUUGAACAUGCCUGUCAGAUGUUGCUGCAUGCUGGUGAUACAGUCACCUUCAUCAAUGAGAAGGUACAAAAGCAGAUAGGUUCUGCUGACUGUGGUCUUUUUGCCUUAGCAUUUGCCACAGAUUUAUGCCAAGGUUUAGAUCCAACGACUCAGCGUUACGAUCAAGCACUGAUGCGACAGCACUAUGUCACAUGUCUUGAAAGUGCCAAAGUUACUCCCUUUCCAAAGACUAUAAGAAGGGUUCCUUGUCAUGUCGUUGAAAACAAGACAUUGGUACAAAUUUUUUGCAAAUGUCGACUGCCAAAUGACAAGAAAGAAUAUGUUAUGUGCUUUAGAUAUUCCAGUUGGUAUCACCCUGAAUGUGUGCAAGUACCAGAUUGGGCAAUCAACUCAAAGAGGAAAUGGCAAUGCCAAAAAUGUAAAGAUCACAAAGCAUUAAGACUACAAAACAGUUUGGCUUAAAUAUCAAGAAAUUAAUGUUGCGAGUAACAGCCAGUUAUAGUUAGAGUUUUAUCAAGUCCUUUACAUUAUUAAAUUUAGAGUUAUCUUGUUUUGAGAGAAGGAGAUCGAGGAGCUGUAAUAUACUUAUCAAUAUGGGACCACAUAGAAAAAUUUGUUUACAGAGACUUUUGGAGGAGAGAGGGGGAAAACUUGUGACAAGCUGGCUGACAUAUACAUGAACUUUACUAAAUGGGUUAAGUGCUCAGUAUUUGGAUCAGCUAUGGCUCAAAUUUUAACUUUGCUUUAGCUUCAAGUUUAAUCCGUUGUGUUUUCCUUUCUCUGUGUUUAUUUUUCAAGUUAUGUUACACAAAGAACACAAAAAUAAUAAGAAAUGCUUUUGAAUAUU